AUUGCUGGUACUGAUUUAUUUAGCGGAAUGAUAUAUAUACGUACGUGUAAAAAUAUUCAUCCGCGUCGGGAAAAAUGAAGGAACAUCUGUGACAAACGCAAUAUUGAUGAAAUAUAAAUGCUAAUGGUAAGUCGAGAAAUGCUCGUUAGAGAAUUGAAGAAACAUUGUUAUUGAUGCGUUCAACAUGAAACAGAAUACUGAUGAUGUUGUCGACUGCCAGGAUUUAAAUGGAAUAUUAAAUAGCUAAUAUUGUUUCAGAGAUAUUUUUUAAACUUUACACUUAUACCGAUUAUUUAAACAUUUUCUGUUAUAUCAAACUUGCACAAUAAAAUAAACAGUUAAAACAGUAAUAGAUGUGAAAAUUAAAGCUCCUUAUCAUAAGAAAUAAGGGAAAUAGACAGACAGUUGGAAACAAUGAAUUAUAAAUGCACGUGAUGUGGAGAUGCACGGCACUUUGAAGGUGUCGUCGUGGAAUUAAAGAGAGAAUAACAAGUAAAUGAGUUGACUUGCGUUAAUUAUUAACAGAACCUUCUGUCUCAAUUAUCCACAAGCCACCCAGACACGAUACAGGUUCCCGCCAUAUUGUUACAGGAAGUGCCUGAAAUAUACAUUGUCUGGUUUUCAUAUUGACAGAUUUUCACCAAAUUUUGAUAACUUUGUAACAUCAAGACGGAUAUUUGAAAUUUUGUUUUCGUGACAGAUAGACUUACGAUGACACGAGAUUAAUUCUGGAAUGAAUGGAUUUACUGUGGGGUUUAUUUUGUCAGUGCAUGUUAAAAUAGGACAUUAAUUCUGAUGAUAUUUUAAAUUGAAGAGAAAUACCAAGGGAUCUAUACAAUUGUAAAAAGGUCAUCAAUUUUAGAAGAAAAAAAUGUGUUCGAUAAAGUAAAUGAAAUUUCCUAUUUGAUAGUAUUUAUGGAAUAUCGUAUGUAACUAAAUCUUUACAUUUGCCUCUAAAUCAUUUGAAUAAAUAUUAGCCCACCGUUGUUUAAAUUGACAUGAAAGUAAUACAAACUCUAUAUUACAAUUCAUGCCUUGAAAUAACACUACAUUGUGAAAGUAUUUGACUCAAAUUAUACCGUAUUUUUACUACUUAAGUCAAAUAAAAAUAUUAGCUACUCAAGGACACACGUAAAUGAGAAAUUAGCAAUUACAUCGGGUGCCAAAGAUUGUAAAACAACACUCAGUAAGUGAUUUUUGUGAUUUUCUAUUUCGUGAGGCUCGAAUUCUAAUCGAGUAAAUUGACAUUUUUCGUGUCGGACCGUCCGUCUGCUUUAUCAUCAGCUGAUCUACAACAAUCAAGGACGUGUUUGAAAUACAAAAUCAUUGUAAAAUAUAAUCACAAUAGUUCACACAAAAAAGAAGAAUGGAUAAAAAGUGACAUUUUGGUAUUUAAAAGUUCAAACUUUGUUAUGAAGUAAGUAGGCGAUAUUCCCACAAAAGAACGUUUAACUCUAAUUAAAAAGGAAAAUAUAGAAAACAAAUUUCUUUAUGAAAGAAGAAAAUGGAUAGAAAUAGUUGAAGUAUAUUUAGAUGAGAAACAGACAGAUAAUAUCGGUUUUAUUGGAUCUAACGAAGCUCGGUGUCUGUACCUAUACGAUUACACGUGAGAGUAUUUUGCUGCUGUUUUCGAGCCGCACAGGUGAACUGAUAUAUCGAGAAACGUGCAUCGGAAAAACUUUCACACGGUCUUACCUGCAUGUGUUUACUGACUUACAGAAUCAUAGGGAUUACGUGCCUUCUUUUUUAGGAAUUCAUAACCUGUUUGUAAAGUAUUCUAUUAUAGAUACUUACAUCUAGUUAAAACACAUAGGUUAUCAUUAGUGUCAAGUAUACGAGAGUGCUGGAUUUACGACAAAACCCUGAUCAAACAAGAUUUAUCUAUCAAUGGAAUUGUUUAAACACAGGUUUUCUCGAUUUACGAACUCUUUACAUCCAGGUAACGACUUGGGCUUAGUUUUCAACAACGGUUCUUGCUGUAUUUAAGCAGGUUAGUGUAGCAGUGCAAACACUUACUUACAUAUUACAUAUACUGUACUUGAACUUAAUUGUUAGACAAUUAUCUCGAGUAUCAAGAUGGGUUACGGUCUUCAGCGAUUUAUAGCACCAAUCGAUCCUAAUUUGAUUUGUGGAAUAUGCAGUGCUGUUCUUGAAGAUGCAGUUUUAACACCGUGCGGGCACACGUUUUGUUCUCGUUGUAUUACUACAUGGCUAGGACGACCAAGCACUGACACGUGUCCGGAGUGUCGCAGUAACGUGUCUAUGGAUCACGUGAAACCCGUUCUAUCCCUCCGUAAUCUUAUAAAUGGUUUUGAUGUUGAAUGUGACUUUAAUGAUCGAGGGUGUAAAGUCAUUGUUAAAUUAGACAGAUUAAAGAGUCAUUUGGAGACAUGUGGCUACGUGCCGGUUGAAUGUGCUGGCUGCAGCAAUACCAUUAGCAGAUUCGAACUCGCCGCCCAUCAGAUAAGAUGUGAAGCUAUAGCAAACUCUAUCAGAGAUGACGAUGACGAUAACGACGCCUCUCAUAGGUUGAGCAAUAUACGCUUCAACCAUUCAUUGAAUUCUUCUGACAUUUCUGAACUGAUAUCGAAAAUAGCAAAUCUGGAAUAUCAAGUGAAAACACUGAAACGAGAUCUUCAGAUAUCUGAAUCUAAAAACCGCGUUUUAGAUCGAGAAUAUCGGAAAACAAAAGAAGAGCUUCAACAAAAAAGAAGUGAAUUAAUUGAGAUCAACAGUGACUUUGACCCAGAUUACGAGUACGGGUAUACACCUCAAAGUAUUGCCAAACUUUCAUUUCUAAUUGCCAGAUUUCUACUAAAGAAACCCGCGUAUAUAGACAGGGAUAAGAUAUUCAGUGCGGUUCGGCGCUGUUAUGAUAAGUACGCUCGGUGCGGUUCUGAGUUCGAGCACGAUGUACACAUGCUUCUGGCCACGGCGUUUGCAAGUAACUGGUUCUCAGAGAGUUACAGAACAACAAUUCACUAUUGGUUGCAGGGAGUGGUGCGCUAUAGACAAAUAAUGACCAAUUCUUCCAAAUAUCAAACACUGGUGAAAUGAAAUUAGUACAAUAUAUAAUACAUUGUUAAAAAAGUUAUCAUGUAAAUACCGCUUCCCGGAAUACGUCGGGCCAAUUUUGCCAAUAUUUCUAUUAGCUAAGUCCGCAUACGGCAUAUGACCAAUUUUUAGGUCCAUGAGACUCGAGUACAUGUAUCAUAAUUUAUGUGUUAUUCUUAGAUACGGAAUGUCAAACAAUUACUGUUUGAUACCACCAGGAUGAAAAUAUAAGUUAUGUUGAAAGAUUUCAGUUUUAUUGAAUUUAGUCCAAUAGUGCAGUUUUUUUUAAACUGCGGCCUACAAAUGUUAAUGUGUUGUAUUCUUUUAUUUACAAAGUCUAUGUAUAAUGUAAGUGCACAGAAAAUGCAUCACAUUGUUUAAUUUGCUAUAUAAAGUCUCGACAGAUCUCAUUUAUAUGAAGCUUGGAACUUUAGUCAUAAAAAUUCUAAAUUGAAGUAUGUAAGUAUGUAAGACCUACAUGCACCGGGUCUCUUCAUUAAAAUAAUUCAUGUGUUUUAAAGUACAGAUCACUGACUGUUAUACAUUUUCACAAUGCUUUAAUUUUGCACUAUUUUUGCACAAAAGAUUAUUUAUGUAUCUUUAAUAUAAACUUCAAGUGCACUAUAUGCCCAAAAUGAUUUCUUUCGAAUGGCAGAAGGAUCAAAUGUCACUCAGUUUUAUUCAACUUUCUUCUUAUCAUUCAACAAAAGAAAAUGCAAAAUGAAGAUUUUAAGAUCAUUAAUAAGCUAUCAAUUCCUUAUUUGAUCUCACGAUAAGAUUAGGUCUAUUUUUUCCGUUGUCAAAAACACUUAUCGUCAGGUGAAAAUAAUUUAUGCACAUUCAUUUGCAGUCGAUAUCAUGUUUCAGUUAUUUCACAUCAAAUGUAACAUUAUUCUACACCCAUAAUAAAAUCAAACAGAU